GUAAAUUUUUGUUCCUUUUUCUUUUUAGUUUCUAUUUUUAUUUUCCUCUUGAAAAAAACCCAUUUAGGGUUACAACAAUCCACCCAUUUAGCGCAGAACAAUAAACAAGACUCGCAAUAACAACUGAACAACAGCACAGCUCCUCCUCCCUCAGCGACCACCUCCGGCUGUCCUCCUCCGGCCGUCGUUCUUCACAGAAGAAUCUGCAUACUACUGAUGGAUGAAUCGAUUCAAAAUGAGCAGCAACGUUUGACUCUAGUAACCAGAAAAGCAUGUUUUGGUCUACCAACAGCUUGCCCUUCGUGUUUGCCUGUUUACAUCUAUCUCAAACUUGCCAAAGUUCCCUUUGAUUUGUCUUACAAUCUCUCUUUUCCUGAUUCCGAUCAAAUUCCUUAUGUCGACGCUGAUACAUAUGUUGCUUACAACAAUGAAAAGGGUGGAGUAAUUGAAAGCUUAAAAGAAGAUAACAUCGUUAACCUGGACUCGGAAGUCCAGAAUCUUCCUGAAUGGGUAUCGGCACUUGCAAUGAUUAAUUCAUGGCUUUCAGAUGCUAUCUUGUAUGAACUAUGGGUAGCUUCAGACGGAAGUUCUGCACACAAGAUCUAUUACUCCGAUCUUCCAUGGCCAAUAGGAAAGCUUUUAUAUCUGAAGCAAGUGUACAAUGUGAAACAAUUGCUUGGGAUAUCGAAAGAUAACGCUGAAAGAAGGGAAGAAGAGAUUUAUAGGAGAGCUACUAUGGCUUACAAAGCUUUGUCAACUAGAUUAGGUGAAGAUUCAUUUUUUUCUGAUAACAGGCCAACUAGUUUGGAUGCUAUUUUUCUUGGGCAUGCUCUUAUUACACUCUAUGCAUUACCGGAAACAUCAGUGCUUCGUGGGAAGCUGUUGGAGCAAGCUAACCUUGUCCUUUAUGCUGAUAAACAUAAAGCGGAACUUUUAGAUGCCGCUUCCUCUUCAUCUUCUGAUCCAUCAUCAUCAUCAUCGUCAUCUGUACCAAGAAGAGGGCCUUCAAACUGGAGUUCAAAACCGAAGAGCCAGCCCAAGAGGGAAAGAACACAGGAAGAGAAAAUUUUUAGAAGAAAGGCGAAGUAUUUCUUGAUUACUCAGAUGGUUGCGGUUCUUGUUUUUCUUAGUCUUCUUGGUGGAUCUGAAGAUACUGAAGUUGAUGAUGCCGAUGGUGAUGAGGGUUUUGAUUAUGAAUAAUAAAACACGAAAAGCGUCUUUUUGAUCUUUGAAGUUACCUUGUUCAUUUCAGUUUUUCUGUUAUGUGGAAAUUUUUGAACACAUGCACAUACAUUCAACUGAGUUGUGAGAAAUAGAUGAGAUAAACCUGAAGCAGGAUAGUUUGCUUCUUGGUUCUUAAAACAAUUUUAAGAUUCAAAAUGUGUUUUGUUUCAUGUUCCAUACU